AUUGGUGCGAACGUUAUGUUCAAACCAGUGUGGAAUCUCCUGAUUGGACAAUCGGCGGAGCCGCGGGCCGGGCUCUCCGCUCCCGCCCAGGCGGGGCAUUGUCUGGCGGCUCCAGCGCGGACUCGGGAGCGGAGCGCGGGCGGAGGCGCUAUGGCUGGUGGUAAAGCAGGGAAGGACAGUGGGAAGGCCAAGGCCAAGGCGGUGUCGCGCUCGCAGAGAGCUGGGCUGCAGUUCCCGGUGGGCCGGAUCCACAGGCACCUGAAGACUCGGACCACGAGUCACGGGCGAGUGGGGGCCACGGCUGCCGUCUACAGCGCCGCCAUCCUAGAGUACCUCACCGCUGAGGUACUGGAGCUGGCGGGCAACGCUUCCAAGGAUCUGAAAGUCAAGCGGAUCACUCCCCGUCACUUGCAGCUGGCAAUCCGUGGCGAUGAGGAGCUGGAUUCCCUGAUCAAAGCGACCAUCGCGGGCGGAGGCGUCAUCCCGCACAUCCACAAGUCGCUGAUCGGGAAGAAGGGACAACAAAAAACAGCGUAAAGAGGGGGAAACACCGGCCCCGCUCCCUCCCCCGUCGGCAGGCUGUACCCGGGAUGAGAACGCUGGGAAUAGGAUACGCGUCGGGAUUUUCAGGAACAGGGAGAGGAUAGAACGUUGUGAUAGGAAGCGUUAAUACAGGAUUUAGAUUCUCCGUUUGGAUUUUACCUUGUGGGGUGGCGGCGGCGGCGGCGGGGGGCGUGGGG